ACUCGUGACCUGGGGGCUCAGACACGUGGCGCCAUCUCGACAUUUCGUAUCAAUAAGACUUUCUGGUGUUCAAAGCAUCGUCUGUCGGGCUUGUGUCUAUGUCAUAUGAUUGUUGCACCGUAAGGGGAGUAAACUGAGUAAACACAACACGAUUACUCAUGAGAAAAUCCGAAAAUUACUGAACAUUCGCAGUUGAAAUAUGUCGUAGUGGAUAAUUAGGGUAACAGUGCUAAUUGGCCAUGGAAAAUAAAAGUUGCAAGAACUUUAUCAGCUAUGUGGGCUUCGAGGAACAUGAAAUGCAGAACAUGCAGAUGAGCAGACGGGAUUCCCUGGGUGAGAAUAAAAUAAAAUUGCUCCCCGGUGAAGUUCUCAUAGCGGAGGCCCAGAAUGUCCUCAUGUUCUCCCCCGUGGGGGACCUGAAGCAGGGGAUCUCCGGGACUCUCUCCGUCACAAACUUCAAGUUAACAUUCAUCACGAGUGACGAUCUCAAUGGCGAGGAAAUAAAUCGCCAGCAGAAUCACCUCUACGGAUACACAGACUCGUGUUUAUCGAACAUCGACGAGAUCUACUUGAUUACGGGGGAUAAGAAGAGAAAGCUCAUCCCCGGGAGUACGAUACCGUCUAAGGUCAAAGGAAUUUUCAUUGUAUGCAAGAAUUUUCGUACGUGGUCGUUCUCGUUUAAAUUCUCACCAGUGAGUCAUGGGAAGAAUCUUCUUGCGACACUACUGCAUCAUGCAUUCCCCAGCAGGCAUCAGCUGCUGUUUGCGUAUGAUUUCAAAGAGGUUUAUUACAGUAGUAUUGACAAGAAUGUCAAGUUUUUUCGAGAUUUGAACGAUUGGAGAGGAGAGUUCGAUCGAACCGCCCAGGGAAAUGAAGUUUUGAAGAGAAAUUGGAGACUGUCUUCUGCUAAUGUGGCCUUCCAGUUGUCACCGAGUCUGCCUCAGUUCAUAAUCGUUCCAGGAUCUGUCACCGAUAGUCAAUUAACCAGAGCUGCCGGCCACUUCCAAGAAGGCCGUCCCCCCGUGUGGUCGUGGUCGACCAGUCGAGGUGCUGCCUUAGUUAAAAUGUCUGAACUAAUGACGACGAUCACUGAGCGAACCCAGGAGAACAUAAUGCUGGAGAAUAUACGAAAGAGUCAUCCCCAGAAACUAGCCAUGGCUGUGCUCGAGUUGAACAAGGAAAUAACAGUUAAAUCUGUAGCUAGUAGUUUUUCAAAAUUAGUCGCAUUGUGUACACCAGAGAAUAUCCGACAGUUCUGGAUGCAGGACAAUAAUUUCUACUCGUUAUUGGAGAAUUCCAAAUGGUUGAAGUUUAUUUCUCACUGUUUGCAAAAAGCUGUGGAAGCUAGUGAUCACUUGAGCUCCGGAACGUCAGUUAUAUUACAAGAAGGAGCAGGAAGAGACAUGUGUUGCGUUAUAUCGAGCUUAGUCCAAUUAAUAUCCGAUCCAUAUUUUCGAACGAUAACUGGAUUUCAAUCUCUCAUUCAGAAAGAAUGGGUUGCAGCUGGGCAUCCCUUCUGUGAUCGUCUGGGGCACAUCGCGAAAUUUAAUUCUGAAAAAUCACCGAUUUUUCUUCUGUUCCUCGACUGUGUCUGGCAGUUGAUCCAACAAUUUCCCUCGAAAUUUGAAUUCACGGAGACGUAUGUCACGACGCUAUGGGAUGCUGCACACGUAUCUAUUUUCGAUACAUUCAUAUUCAACUGUGAGAGAGAUCGAGCGUUUGCUGCUAUGGAUCCGAACACUCCCCUCGUCCUGCGUAGUGUCUGGGACUGGCGAGAGCAGUUCACAGACCAAGACAUCCUCCUGUUCUACAACCCCCUGUUCAACUCGAAGGAGCCAGAAAAAGGCCCCCUGAAACCCCACCACAAUAUUUCGUGCCUAGAACUCUGGACCCAGUGUUACUUUCGAUGGAUUCCACCCCUGGAGAUUCACAAUGGUGGUAAAAACCACGUGGAGUUGUACUCACGCCUCAUGCAGAACGAUAUCAAUCAGAUGAGGGUCAACACUAGUGACGGGUCUACCUCUCCUGUUGACAAAGUGACCACUUACCUCGUGCAGAUGAAUAUCGAUAGUUUCUACCCAUUCGGUAAUAAAAAAUCGGGGAACACUGUGAGUACCCCUAUUAUGAACAGCUCAGGGUUAACGUCUGAGAGCCUUAUCGACGCACAAUCCCUGCUCACAGCCCCUGAUUGAUAAUAAAAGUAGAACUAAGUAUACUCCCUUGAGCCUGCGUCUUUACGUUGGGACAAUUAUUAUUUAGAAAAUUCAACAUAAUUAGAAUUUCCGUUGCAUAUUUUUGUUCAAUAGAACCAGGCGAGAAUCAAGAGAGUUUUCUAUCAAAUUCGCUAGGUUUUUCUAUAAUAUUUUCAUAAAGAAUAUUCGCAUGUUGAGUGGAAAGGGCAGCUAUCUGUUGAUAAGGAGUUACCUUGUAUAUUCGGUUAUGCAAUCAACCCAUGUAGAUAAUUACCCUCUGGCCUACGAAAUUCUAGCUUUUCCCCCUGGUAUGGUGUUGAGUAUGUAAAAUAAAAAAUACGAGUUGGAAUUUAUUUUCAUCCUUUAUUCUACCAUAAUUGUGAUUCAAGCACCAAUCGUUGGAAUAAUGUAAUUUUUAAUAAGUACAAGAAAUUAAAAAAAUAUGUAUGAAAAAUCUCGUAUUGUGCACCACAUGUAAAUAUCUGAGUAUUUCAUAUCGAAAAUACGACUUUGUACAUUU